GUUUUGUUCACUACUCCAUUUGGUCGCGAAUCAAUCGACAAAUUACUUCACAAAAAACAAAGCAUUUCGAAUCACCCGAGUAUCGACACACUGAGAUUUAUACAGUAGCAUCAGAUUAUUGAAUUAUUUCGAAACUAAUUUGAUAUAUUCCCCAUCACAAUGCUGCUCGACGAGGAUCCCGCUUCUCUCAUCCACCACACAAUCAACAACUUUAACAUUGCACCCGACAAGCUUGCUGUCUCGCGCAUUGGCGACUCGCUUUCUACCUUAAAGCAGGCACGAGAGUUGCGAGUCAGAGAAGCCGAAUCUUCCCUAAAGAAGCUUGGCCGUUCCCUCAACACCCUUCACACACAACAUGAAGAGCUUACGUCGACACAUUCAUCAUCCGCUCAUUCAUCCGAGAUCUCGCGCCUCGACACGCAGAAGUUCCGUAUCGCCAAAGCAGUGUCUGACUUAGAGAUGGAAGCCGAACGUCUAUCUUCACAACAAGCUGAUCUAGCCGCACGACUGCAAGAGCUAGAAAUACAGGGGUUAGAAGGAUCGCCGGACGAUGCGGCUAAUCGAAGAGAUCCAGUCGACGAUGAAGUUUUGUUACGCCUGAAAGUGUAUCGAAGUCUAGGUAUCGACCUAGAAAGAGACGAGAAGGACGGCGAGUUCUCUAGAGCCAUUGUGCGUAACGAUCGCAAGGGCGAUGUUCAUGUUAUAAACAUGGAUAAGAAGUUCUCACGUUACUUCUAUGCCAACUAUUUCUGGCAAACACUCUAGGGCUAGAGCUAUACCGAGGCUCACCUGGAAUAGUAUGAGAUCAACGUUAUCGAGAUUACCGCACGGCGUUAGGCGU